GCAUGCGCGGUUUGCCCGGCCGCGGGUUGGGGGGGCGCGCGGAGAAAAGGGGCGGGGUGGUCUGAGCUGCUGUGCUGGCAGCUGUAGGCGAGGGCGCGGCUGCGGGGUUCCUGGUGCUGAGGACGGACGCCAUUGGAACCCAGGGAAGCAUGGCGGAGGGCAGCUACAGCAUGGAAUCUGAAAGCUACAAUGCUGAAGACAUGGACGAGGGUAGCGAUGACGUGGGGGAGGAAGAGAUGGUGCAAGGCAACGACUAUGAAGAAUUUGGUGCUUUUGGAGGCUAUGGCAGCUUCACCAGCUUUGACAUGCGCCUCCUCAGAGCCUUUGGUAGCUUGGGUCCAGGCCUCCGCCUCCUAGCGAAUGAGCCCUGGGAACUGGAAAACCCUGUGCUGGCCCAGACUCUGAUGGAGGCCUUGCAGCUGGAUCCCGAGACACUUGCCAACGAGGCGGCCGCCCGUGCUGCCAAUGUGGCCCGCUCUGCCGCCUCCAACCGCGCCGCUCGGGCCGCCGCCGCCGCCGCCCGUGCUGCCUACAAUCAGGUGGUCACUGAGUCCCUGGCAGCCCCAGACCGGGCCUCAGGAGAGCAUGCCCAGCCCAUGACCGAUGCCGCCGCCACUGCCGAGGCUCGGGGAGCCACCCCUGAGCCGACCCUGCCUUCUCCGCACGUCUCGCAGCUGCUAGCAGACAGCGAGGUGGCCGUCCCCGGGGCUCCGGCGACCUCCGCUCAGCCCCAGACGCGGGAGGCCUCGACCGAGGGCCCCGGUACCGCUCGUGCUGUCUCCCAGGCUCCGUGUGCCAGCGAGAGGGCUGCCGCCCGGCCCACGACAGCCUUCCUGGGCCAGAACGAUGUCUUUGACUUCACGCAGCCUGCGGGUGUCAGCGGCAUGGCCUUCCCGCGCCCCAAGAGACCCGCCCCGGCCCAGGAGGCUGCCACAGAGGGCCCCAGUGCUCCCUCUGGCCUGCCUCAGGCGGCAUCUCCCAGGGAGGGGGCCUCCACCCAGCCCAAGACCACCAAGUCUGGGAAGGCUCUCGCCAAGACCCGCUGGGUGGAGCCUCCGAGUGUCGUGGCAGCGGCUGCCGCUGCGAAGGCCAAGAUGGCCACCAGCGCCGCUGAGCCCGAGGGCGCAGCUGCCACUGCCCAGCACAGUGCUGAGCCCUGGGCCAGGAUGGGAGGCAAGAGGACGAAGAAGUCCAAGCACCUGGACGACGAAUAUGAGAGCAGCGAGGAGGAGAGAGAGCCUCCUGUGGUCCCACCGACCUGGAGAGCCUCGCAGCCCCCCCUGACGGGGCGGGCUCAGGCGACCCCUCGGCCCCCGAUGGCCCUGAGGUCCCAGGUGCCCUCGAGGCACGUGCUGUGCCUGCCGCCCCGCAACGUGGCCCUUCUGCAGGAGAGGGCGAAUAAGUUGGUGAAAUAUCUGAUGAUUAAGGACUACAAGAAAAUUCCCAUCAAGCGCUCAGACAUGCUCAAGGACGUCAUCCGAGAGUACGACGAGCAUUUCCCUGAGAUCAUAGAGCGAGCGACGUACACGCUGGAAAAGAAGUUUGGGAUCCACCUGAAGGAAAUCGACAAGGAAGAGCACCUGUACAUCCUGGUCUGCACGCGGGAUUCCUCGGCACGCCUCCUGGGAAAGACCAAGGACACUCCCAGGCUGAGUCUCCUCUUGGUGAUUCUGGGGGUCAUCUUCAUGAAUGGCAACCGCGCCAGCGAGGCCGUCCUCUGGGAGGCUCUCCGCAAGAUGGGAUUGCGCCCUGGGGUGAGGCACCCGUUCCUUGGCGAUCUGAGGAAGCUCAUCACCGAGGACUUUGUGAAGCAGAAGUACCUGGAGUACAAGAAGAUCCCCAACAGCAGCCCCCCCGAGUAUGAAUUCCUGUGGGGCCUGCGCGCCCGCCACGAGACCAGCAAGAUGAGGGUCCUGAGAUUCAUCGCCCAGAAUCAGAACCGAGACCCCCGGGAAUGGAAGGCGCGUUUCUUGGAGGCGGUGGAUGAUGCUUUCAAGACGAUGGAUGUGGACAUGGCCGAGGAGCACGCCAGGGCCCAGAUGAGGGCCCAGAUGAAUAUCGGGGAGGAAGCUCUGAUUGGACGGUGGAGCUGGGAUGACAUCCAGGUGGAGCUCCUGACCUGGGACGAGGAUGGAGAUUUUGGCGACGCCUGGGCCAGGAUCCCCUUCGCUUUCUGGGCCAGAUACCACCAGUACAUUCUGAACAGCAACCGUGCCAACAGGAGGGCCGCUUGGCGGGCUGGCGUCAGCGCUGGCACCGACGGUGGGGCCAGCACCAGCAUCCUGGACGGCCCCAGCACCAGCUCCACCGCCCGGACCAGAAAUGCCUCCCGAACCGGUGCCAACUUCUUCUCCUGGAUCCAACACCGCUGAGGCCCGGGGCGGCCCUCCUCGCCCAGCCGAGUGCCUCCCGGAGUCUCUUAGCAGAGCGCUCUAGGCGGCUUCCACCUGUCCAGUGGAGCCGGCAUGCCGGAUGAAGCCUUCGUGCCCGUCUGCUUUCCUUGCGUGCUUUUGUCGUGCUUUCAUGUUUUGGGGAUCCGUGUUACAUUAAAGUUGCAGAAGUA